UACGAUGUGUACGUGCGUAGAUGUAGAUCAAUGCAUAAACAUAACCUACAGGUAUGGAUAACAAUGUUAUCUUGUUGAAGCUACAUUUAGAUAAAGUGUCAACUCUAAUUGUCAGGUGUAAGUCAAGGACUUGGUAUCUUGUUAAGGAUCUUGUGCGAGCGAUAACACACUGCAUUAAUUGGUAUAUUGUUGAAAACCGUAAACAAACACUUGAAAUAUUCAAUCAAAUUAUCAACACAUGUCCAUACGAUCAGGCACAAGAUUCCUUAAAAAUGAUGUAUUUCUCUGUAAGAUGGAGAGUGAUUUAUCUCACAAGAUGAAAACACUGCAAUCAUUGCAUUUAUUAACGUUACGGCGUCUCGAUGGAGAGAUUUUUCGCUAGAAAACAUAUUGAGAUGAUGGACGUGGACGAGUCUGUAAAUCCAAAAGAAUUAAAAGCAACACUUGAAACAUACAAAAAAUUGGCUAAUGAUGUUUCAAAUCAUGACACAAUUUUAAAGGACAAAACAGUUCUUUCGUACGUAGCAUUUGUCCUUGAAGCAUCAGAUUUUGAGAUUAUUGAUUUGGGUUUAGACAUUUUAGAAUUGUUUGUUAAAAAUGUAGACAACUAUGCGCACAUAACCUCUACUUUUGGAGUUCGUGAAGCAUUGGAUGCCAUUAUAGACAAGUAUAACAUUGAUGAACCAAAGAUAGCUAAACGAGCUCAGUCUAUUAAAGAUGAUAUAGAAAGAAUGAAACCACCAAUAUACAAUCUGCGUAGUCGAUGUAGAAGAGUUAUCGAACCAAAGAAAUUAAAAACCCAUGUUGUUGUGUUACAUGUUCAAGGCUUGUUACCAGAAACUCGUUCAGAGUUGGAAUCAAUAUUAAUAAGAAUUGAUGGAUUGGUUUCCCUUGUAGUUGAUGUAGAACAUCAGCGUGUUACAAUGCGUACUUUAAGCUAUGUCACAGCAAAACAGAUUGCAGAAGCUAUUCGAAAUAAUACAGACAAUAUGGAAGCUAGAUUAGUGGCAAGAAACAAGCUUAAUCAAGAGUAUCUUGUUACAUUGAUUCAUACAAAUGGAGACAAUGGUGAUGCAGACGAAGAUAUGCCAGAUUACUUACCCGAGGAAGAAGAACAAGAAGAAGAGAAAGAAGGUGUUGUAUCUCUGUUUACUGGAUUAAGGCAAAGUGCAUCAUCAUUGUAUAAAAGUACCACCGAAUUUUUUCAAAACUCAUUCUAUUGGUGAAUUCAGAUAUAAUAAUAUUAAGUAUAAUUUUUUACAACUCUUUAAAUCAGUUAUUGUAAAUCAACUUUAUUGUUUAUAACACAAACAUUGUGUACUGCUUCUAUUAUUACGAAUAAUAGAACUAGUCAGUUUAGCUGCCACUGCACAAGAAGGAACAAUUUAUGCAACUACUCGCAUAAAUAUAAUCGAUACAAUAUGUAUGAUUCUAUAGAAAGUACAUCUCUGUAUGUCUUACUAAUUAUUUCGUCCAAAUGAGCACAUCAAAAUGUUAUAUUGAAUCUUAUUUACUAUUUCCUUAAGUUUAUGUUGUAUUGUCUAUAUUUACAAUGUAAAGUAAUUGUCAUUAAGGCAAUUUGAGUUUCAAAGCAGGUACAAUAGAUGGAUGCAGAACAGUAUUUCGGACAAUUGAGUUGACAAAAUAUCGUCUAGUUAUGCAUACGUAACUGCAAUACUUAAUGGUUAUUAAUUUGAAAGAAUGAGUAUGACUUUUGCGUACAGUCCAAUACUAUUGUUGAGUUUCAGUUUGAAACUCAGACAACCUGUACUUCUUUUACUAUGUUUAUGAUACAACUUAUACUAUAAUUCUAUUGUAAACAUAGUCAAUGAAUUAGAUUUCUUCUCAUUUGUUAAUUGAGAAAUGAAAUAAAAUACAUUACAUGCAGUAUUUUACGUAAAUCGUUAGUAAGAUUAUUGUUAAAAAUGUAAUUUUAGCGCAUCAAAAAUAUUUUUACGACAUUGUUCUAGUAA